AUGAUCCUCUCCUCGCGUCCACCCUCCAAACUGACUUCGUCUCCGCGCAAACUUCCAGCAGACGCGCAGCAGCAUGAGCGGAGGCAGACCGCAUGGAUGUGCCACAUGAGGCGGACCACAGGAACUGAUCACAACGCUCAAAGUUUUUCGAAAGCACCAUCCGCGACUCCGACUGAACAAACACACAACUUUGCGUGUGUUUUUCUGCUUCCGUAAUACUUUUCACCUGUCGCCUGCCUGUUGGGAUUGCUUGGAUUCCACGGUGCGUCUUUUUAUGUCCAGUCGGAGAGGCGUGUAGUUUUUUUUUUACGGGGUGGUCUGCGUUAAGGACGGUGACAUGCAGGUUCUCGGUUGGACCGUAGUUCUCCUCUGCCAGUGGAUCCUACGGAAGGUCCAAGGGUUGGAGAAGCAGGUGGAUUUCUCAGAUCUGGGCCCAGUGGGGUCUGUGAUGAAGACUCUUCCAUAUGGCAUGGGUGGAGGCACAGCAGGGGGAACGACAGGGGGAGUUGUUAAGCCUCCAUACCAAACACGCAUCUUCUCCACCUCCAUCGACCAGACACCAAUGAAAUCCAAGCCUCCCACCUACAGUUUCUUCAACCCGUAUGACUCGGCCCGGAACCAGUCGCUCUUCCUAGACCAGACAGGGUACCGCUCCAAGCGUAAACCCUCGCUAAAGACCGCCAUGAAGACCAAAAAGAUCUUUGGCUGGGGGGACUUCUACUUUAAUGUCAAGACCAUGAAGUUCAGUUUAUUGGUAACAGGGAAAAUUGUAGACCACAUCAAUGGGACGUUCACCGUUUAUUUCCGGCACAACUCAUCCAGCCUGGGAAACGUUUCGGUCAGCAUCGUGCCGCCAACUAAAGUGGUGGAGUUUGAGGUUCUUCAGCAGCAGCAGCUUCACCCCCACACUCAACAAGAAGUCCAGCUCCAGGAGACCCAGCAGGCCACUGUCGACCACAAAGAGACAAAAACCUUUAACUGUCGGGUGGAGUAUGAGAAAACCAACAGAUCCAAGAAGCCCAAACCCUGCCUGUAUGAUCCAUCUCAGACCUGCUUCACGGAGCACACCCAGUCUCAUGCCGCCUGGCUCUGUGCCAAACCCUUCAAGGUGAUCUGCAUCUUCAUCUCUUUCUUUAGCAUCGACUACAAGCUGGUUCAAAAAGUGUGUCCGGACUACAACUUCCAAAGCGAGCACCCUUACUUAGGAUAAAUUAGACUGAACUGAGAAGAGCAAAAAAUAGAGACUAUAUUAAUGACUACAACGAUGAUUAUUAUAAUGAUAAUGAAGGAAAUGAUAGUCAUAUUGAUUACUAUGAAGAAACAGGGGACAGUUUUUUUUUGCCUCUGAACUGCUGUGAAUUGUGGAUUUAAAUCAAAUAUAAUCAGAGUUAAGGAUGGUUAGAAUAUUUCAGAUUUCUCUGACUUUCCUUCAAACUUUGUAUUUGUUACCCUCUGUUUUAAUUUAUUUUGUUUCUUCUUUCUGUAAAUAUUGUACUCAGCCUCAGCUCUCUUACUGUUUUUAGAUAUUGGUUUCUCAGUGUUAUUUAUUUUUUGCAUUUCGGGGAAUUCGGUUGAAAACAGCUGGAUUUAGAAUUAUGCCCUUUGACUACAGAAGAAGCCUGGCAAAUGGCUGUGCUGUGCCGACGCUGUAUGACAGACCUAAUGUUAUGGUAGGCUGACUGUUAAUCAUCCUCUCAGCUCUAAGUUGCAAACC